AUGGGCAACGAGCACUCCCAUAAGUUCGCUCAAGAACUCGAUGCAUGGGAGGAUCAUUUGGAUGGUAAAUUCCUCACAGGACUGGGUGUAAAUGUGAUGGAUACCUUGACUUCGCCCGGAAGCUUUUUCCAAAGGGCAACAAGCCGACAUAUCUUCCCUGCAGGUAACUCUCACUGUGCUAUCAUGGUUGGUCCCCUACUACUAGAGAAUGGAAUGACCCGAGAGCCUGGCGGCGCCAACAUAUCUCGACGCCCUAUUCCAAACUUUACUGCCAAUUCAUCCAAAGACCUGCAAGAGUUCCUCUUCGAGCCACAGACUUACAUUUCCGUCGACCAUCAGGAGGUCCCGGCUCAGCGACAUCUCUCCUUCUCUUCUGCAAGACGACUCUACGAGUCAAAGGUUCCCGUUAGAAACCGACAGUUCGCCAGCUGCCUGAAACAGCUCUCCGGAGGUAUGUUCACCGGCUAUUGUGAACGAUUCUUGACAGAUGAGGAGCACCUAGUGAAUAUGUUCCUCGAAUGUGCUAAAAGCUGGGCUUCGACAAAAAACAACCGAAGGCUUAAUCAAUCAGAGUACAGAGCGAAAUUGAAAUCCUGCGCGAAAGAGUUUACGGAUGUCGUUAGUUUGGUUUACGGGGAAGAAGUUAACUUGGUCCUCUACUUUUUCGCUUUCGGAUUAGUGGAACGAGUAAAACUCAGCUACAACCGGGUUUCCAACAACUGCCAGGACUUUUGUGGCGAUCUUCUCUUUCGGCGAGAUGCAGACAAUACGUUUGGACUAGUCUACCCUCCCGUGCCACCCAAUGUUGAUCAGAUAGAACGAAGGACUUCUGCGCGGUAUCUCAUGAGCUUCAGCGGCCGGAUGGUUCAUCCGCACAAUCAGAUGCCUUUUGUCAAUCCUCUUGCUUCAGCAACUCAGCUUUACGACUCUUUUGGGCAGAAUGAUGCGGAUAUCAUUGACCACGUCUCCAGCAUCCGGUUCAAAGACGAUCCUAACGGGUUCCACCUUGUGCUGGACCACCUCCUGGAUGGUCCACAAGAUAAUCUCUCUGUCCUCACUAUGCACAUACAUCGCGAUCGAAAUCUGUACACUACCCCCUCAGAAGACGACUGGGGCUACGAGGAUUUCCUUGUAACUCUAGGCCGAGAAGCUUGGAUUAGGAACCGUUUGGAGGUAUUGCAUCGCCUUCACGUUCUUAAUACAGCGUUAGGGUUAAUCUCUUCUUUAUUCCAGCAACUCACCACUGAAAUGACUGUGGAGGAAGCCAAGAAAAUCUGGAACCCUCCCCCGACAUUGCUAGGCCGUGCUUGGAGUAGUAAUAAGAGAAGUGGCCGCUCAAUAGCCAAACCAACCUGGCACGAUAAUAUCUUCGAGGAGAGAGAAGAUGGUCUUGCUGAAAUCGAAAGGGAGGAAACAGAAAUACAGUUCGUUCUGAUUUCAGCUUUUACCAAUCCGUGGCUGCAAAGUUCCGGUGCUUGGAAGGUUCGCUUGCGGUCAGUCAAGUCUGGCUUGAACCUGGAUCUGAAAUGGUGUGGUGUCUUUUCAAAGCAUUGGUCGCAGUGUAGGUGCGAAAUCUGUCAGUACGUUGCUGCCGAGGUGAACUGUUCCCGGAUUCUAUCCUACGUGGCAUCCCAAGAAAACAUUGAACCUAGCGAUAGGAUCUACCGCCCCACGCAUCCUGACUACGUCACGCUAGGGACGCUAGAGGAGACAAUCAAGGUUUUAGGGAAUGCAGAUAUUGUUCUUGAGGUCUUAAAUCAAUUAAGUCGCACCACGGAGUACUAUGGAAUGGACAAGACAAGGAAACUACUUGAACCGUUCGGGCCCUACUAUUCUACCAAAGCAAGCUUUGAUCAUCCCCGCAUAAACUUAGGCGCACUCUGGGGGUUAAUCGUCUACCGCAUUGUAUAUGGGCUAAAUACCGAUGCGACAUGGGCCCUGAUACUCGAAAAUAUGCGUGAAGCGCUAUCAGAUACUCUCUCACGUUUGGAUCCGGAUCUUGUUGCAAAUCACGACCUCAUGAUUCUUAAGAACGAAGCUAAGCUCCUCGUCGCCGAUUUGCGAAAAGUGCAAAAGACGUUCCGCGCCUGGGUCGCGGAUGGCUUAACACCACGUCUGGAGGCACCGCGAUCCUUGUUCCGAACAACAAGAGUUAUGUUUGUCAUUGGACUGGUUAUCUUGGUGCAAAUUUGCUACAUUUGA